UUUCACGCUGUUAUCGUCUAAUCGUUGGAUAAUUUUAAGCGUAAAUUUUUAAUUUUAAUUCAUAUUCAACAGCUCAUAACUAUAACAAAUUAUACAUAUGAAUUUAAAUGUCAUACAUAGUAAUAUUCUAUUGAUGGAGAUGUUGAAAGCACUAUCGUUUAAAAAACCAUGAUUUUUUCCGUAUGUUUUUGGGCUCUCAUAUUACAUACUUGGGUUACCAGCGAAUAUGUCGAACCAGGUCCAAAGUAUGCCUGUCCCAAAAACCGAAUUUUUCUCCAUCCUUGUUCGUGUAUCAAAGGAAAUGAUAUCGGAAUCACCGUUUGGUGCGAGAACUCCAAUCUGGCAUCGCUGGCAAUCGGUCUCACAAACUUGGCUUCUGUUCGAUUACCUAUCGAAGACUUGACCAUAUUUUCCUGCAACAUAUCUCAUAUUUAUGGCGACCUGUUGUACUCGUUGAACGUUAAAACGCUGAAUUUGAAAAGUGUACCCCUGAGCGACCUACAUAAAGAUGUAUUCUUGGGUAUUGGUAAAUCUUUAAGAGAAAUUAAUUUCAUCGAUGCUGCUUUUCAUAAAGUACCAACCGCUUCAUUUACCAAUGUAGCAGAUUUGAAAAUUUUAAAAAUAAAAAACCACACCAUCGCAUCUUUAUCCGGCGACACUUUCACCGCUACUUUACAAUCGAGCUUAGAACGACUUUCUAUUAUCGAAGGAAACCUUUCAUCGUUAAGUCCAGACACGUUUCCAUCCUUUAAGAAAUUGAAAACACUCGAUUUACAUUCGAAUAAUAUAUCAGCUCUACAACGAAACCAGUUCAAAGGGUUGAAAGAAGUGGAAUUAUUAGAUCUGUCGUUCAAUUCUAUUAAAAAAAUAGACACCUCGCAUUUCGCCGAUUUCACCAAACUGAGUCAUUUAAAUCUAUCUCACAACGAGUUAACCGAAAUACCAAGGGGAAGUUUCGCUCGUAACACACUUUUACGAGUAAUAAACCUGGGCCAUAAUAAAUUACGCAAGGUGGAUGGAAACAUGUUCAAAGGACUGAGGCUGCUGCGACGAUUGGUUUUAAAGAAUAAUGAAAUCACUCAAGUUGAACGAGGAACAUUCGAUUCUGUUACUCGUAUCGGAACCAUCGAUCUAUCUGGAAAUAAACUCGUUAAAAUCGAUUAUCAAAUGUUCAACGAUUUAAGAUACGUUGAGUCGAUCGAUGUAUCCAGAAAUUUGGUGACUAAAAUAGAAAAACAGGCAUUCAAAAGCUUAUACCUGGUAGACAUAAAUUUAUCGCAUAAUCAAAUCUCCGCCAUAGAACGAGGAGCUUUCGAUAACUGCGCCAAUAUCACCAAUUUGGACAUGUCUCACAAUCAGAUCGCUGGCUUCGAACGUUACGCAUUUGAUGAGAUAACUUACGCAACAGAGUUUCAUUUAGAAUACAAUAACUUGACAGAUCUAGCGCAAGUUCCUUUAGCAAACAUGACAGGAUUGAAAAUACUCAACGUGACGUUCAAUCAGAUCACAACGAUAUCGAAAAACACAUUCCCUAAAUUAUACGAAUUACAUACCAUCGACUUGAGCAACAAUUACAUCAAGAAAAUUGCUCCAGAAUGUUUCCAAGUGCUAUUCGGUCUUCGAUACUUGAACCUUAGUAUUAAUAUGCUGGAAGAAAUUACUUCCAGAACUUUCGGCAAAGUGCCCACUUUGCUGGAGCUUUCAUUACGCGAUAAUCAGAUCAGUACCGUGAAAAAAGACUCGUUCGUGUUUUUGAUCUCUUUACAAAAUUUAGAUAUAAGUAAUAACGCCAUACAAGAAAUGUUCACCUUAUCCAAUACGCUACUGCACCUGAACUUCAGCAGUAACUAUAUUAGUUACCUUACUCCGGGAAAAAUAUGGCCUACGAUGAACACCUUGGUAUCUCUGGAUCUGAGCAACAACUUGAUCGGCGAUUCGCUGGAGAAGCAAGCUUUCUCGAGUUUAUUAGCAUUACAACGGUUGGAUUUGGCUUAUAAUAACAUAACUGUGCCUCCGAUCGAGAGUUUGGAAGAUUUAACAUCUUUACGAUACCUAAACAUGAAGGGUAAUUAUAUCACAAAACUGGAUCGAUCUGCUUUUGGAAACUUGCCUGUGGUUUUUGAACUCGAUUUAGCCGAUAAUCAAAUCGGCGAGAUUGCAGAUAUGGCAUUCAUCGGAAUGUUACAACUUCGAGAAUUAUACCUGCGAAAUAACCGGUUGAGUUAUAUUCCUAAUGCAGCGUUUAAAGGGUUGGUAGCGUUAGAGCACCUGGAUCUUUCUCAAAACACAUUAGAAUCUAUUGACAAUAAAACCGCGAGUAUUUUCGAAGAUUGCAGAUCACUGAAAUCAUUGAACGUCAGUUAUAACCAAAUAUCAUUUUUGUCGCGUAAUUCGUUCCCAACUUCGCAAACUAUUCGAUCAGCUGAUUUAAGCCAUAAUCAAAUACCAGUUUUGACGAACGAUUUCACAUUUUCCUUGAAAAAAUUACUUCAUUUGAAUCUAAGUCAUAAUAUCAUUAAUGAAAUUCGAGAAGGUGUCUUGGAAAAUUUGACGUCGAUCGUUUCGUUGGAUUUAUCAUACAACGAGCUCCCCACCAUAAGUUCUUCAUUACGAUUCGAUCUGCCAAAAAAUUUAACAUAUUUCAAGAUCUCCAAUAACUUCCUAAACAAACUGCCCAUAUCAUCUAUAGUCAAACAAAAAAAUAAACUCAAGUUACUCGACAUCAGAGAUAAUCAGUUAACGAUUUUUGCACCCGAAUUUAUGAAAUUGAUAGAAAACGGUUCCAUCAUUUUGUAUUCAGGAAAUCCAGUCCUAUGCAACUGUAAUUUAAGACCACUUCAACGAUGGUUAUCUUCGCAACUUCAAGCCAAAGACGAAUGGAAAUCGUUCGCCUGCAUCAAUUACGAAACAUCCUCCAAUGUAACCGUUUACGGUUUACCUGAAGAAGAAAUGCCAUGUGAUAAUUUCACUUUGGAUCAAAAUCACGAUUUUCAAAUUACACCGGAUGUGAAAUUCCGCGAAAUAACUAGGACGAAAGACGGAACGUUGAUCAUAUCCUGGUAUGUUCCUAAAAACAAAGAAGAUAUAGCAAAUUUCGAAUUAGAAAUUAUCAAUAAAACUAACCCUGAACAAAUCUUCUACAAAAAGAAUCUACUAUACGAUUCGAGAAAUGAAAUCGUCAAGCCUCGAUUUGCCAUCACUAAAGAGGCUGAAAUUUGUAUAGCAGCUAUUACAAGUAAUGGAACGCUCCGACGAAUGGUUCCGAGUCAAUGUCAGAAUUUAGCAACAGUGUUACCAUAUGUUUCCAAUGACUGUAUCAGUAUUAAUUCUCAACUAUUAUUAAGUAUUUUUUUACCUUUCAUUUUAUACAGUAUUUUUACCUGAAUUGUUGAAUAAAUCAUUUUCUUAUUAU